CCAUUCUACUUUUUCGAUUGUUUAAACUUUAAAGACAGUCAUUUGCUAAGUGCUAACCUAACUCAAUUUUAAAUAAUUGCCAUCUUUCUCUCUGUUUCACUCAUCCCAAAUUCUCCAUGGUUCACUUCUCUAUAGCUCCCAAAAUUAUUAAACCAUAGAAAUACGUUAAUAAAACCUUUCAAAUUAUGUAACUUUAAGCUUGUUUUAUUAUGCCUUUGAUCUCCCAAAAUAUUUUUUAAAAACGUUUGUGAUUUCUAUCUAGACAUUAUGGUUAUGUCUGUCUAGUUUUAAGUUUAAUCUUGCUCAAUUGUUGUUCGUGGUGGCUCAUUUUCAGACGAAGCCUUGAAAUAAACUUUAUAAAAACCACCAAAUUAUGUAACCCAAGGUUUUGGAUCCUCUAGAGUUCUGAAAUAACUCUAUAAGGUAGAGUUUGAGCAUAUUAACCAUUGAAUGAAAAAUCAGUGGUUUAUAUAUUAUCUUUCCAAAAUUCUCCAUAUUUUUUCUAUCAAUAUGAGCCAUUGAUUUUAAAAUGUAUGGUUUAGAUACAACUCUAUCUUGUAGAGUUUUAUUAAAACUCUAGAGGAUCCGUACUCGUAAACCAAUAAUUCCUUAUUUUCCUUUCCCAAAAUAAACAUUAAAAAAAAUCCAAAAAUAAUUUCUAGUGUUUAUUUAAAGUGUUUAUUUAAGAAAAAUAUUUUUAGUAAAAUGAACCAAGUUCCAGAGCCACCGGCUGAAGUGCCGGUAUCGGUGCCUCAGACACCAAAUGAAACACCACCGCCGCUGCUCCCGCGUAGAGGAGUUGACUCACUGUCGUACAAGCAGUCGCCGUUACCAAAAUGCAACUGCCUCCCUGAGGGCCCGUUUGGAUUUGGAUCGGGUCCUGCCUCCGUCACUGAUGUCUCCAAAACUCCUGACGUCACUCUCACCCGUAAGUUGAAAAUUGAGCUCUAAAUUUUUUUAGGGGCCUCAUAUGAACGUUGUUGAUAAGCUAGAACAGGGCCACCAAAUUGUCGGAGACGGCCCUGGCAGCGCACAAGGCAGGCUUCGAAGCCUUGGUUGUGCAUCAAGGCUGGUCAUUUUUCUUGCCUUACAAGCAGUCGGCCACCCUAGUGUUUUAGGGUUUUGGUUUUUGUUAUAUUCCCAAAACUUUCCUAAAUUGUUCUAGGAUUUUGGAUCCUAAAGUUUUUCCUAUUUCCCAUAAAUUCAUGGCUUAUGGUCAUGAAUUAAAACGCACAAUUCAAUACACUUUGCAUAUCACCUAAAAGUGAGAUCCUGAAAUCAUAAACUUUAUUUUAUAUCCUCGUUGGUACGAUCUAAGGCGGAUCCAAACGUAUUGUUGACUUUCUACGAAGGGACGAAGUUUGGUGUUCUAACUUGUUCUUGUUUGGUUCUGGAGCAGCAAGGGAAGGUACACAUCACAAAGUGUGUUCACUAAAUUAUGCUAAAUGAUUAUGUGCAUUUAAUUUGGAUUCUGGCAUUUAUGGUUUAUUACGCAUGACAUUAGAUUGUUCAUAACCUAACAGUGGUAUCACGAGCAUCUAAUUAAUUUCAUAAUCAUUUACAUUAAUAUGGAUUAAUUUUAUACAUUUGCAAAGAAUUAAAGGG